AUGUCCACUUGUUCGGAGCAGUCAUUGCCAAGUUGCUCAAAAUUCGCGCUACGAAAACAAGCAGAUGAUGCAGAAAAAGUGUUGGAGGAGAGGCCGCAGAUGUUCUGCGAAAGAACUUUAAGGUUGAUGACUGUCUGCGCCCUGAAGAAAAAGGAGAUACAGCUAUCGAAAGAAUACGUGACGCUCGCCAUAUUUGCACCCAUGGAGGGUUUAAUUUGGCCAAAUUCGUCAGCAACACCAAGACCGUUCUUGAAAGUAUAGGAAGUGACUACUAUCUAGUGUAGAGAGCUCUUGGUGUCCAGUAACCAAUCGAAUCAGACAUGCUCGGUUUUAGAAUUGUCAUCAAAGACAAGCCACUAACAAGAAGGAAAACACUGUCAACCAUAUCUUCAGUCUACGAACCCUGGGUAUAGCCUCGCCCUUCCUGUUAGUCGGGAAGAAGAUAUUGCAGGAUUUGUACCGAACGAAGCUACAAUCCUGGCCAAAAGGUUUCGGGACACCUCCCCUUUUUUCACGUGGUUUUGUAUGGAAUUAGCAUCUAACCUGUGAUACACACUCAUAAACAUGGCCUUAACAAGAUUUUUCCCUCACCCCCCUUAAACAAAGUUGAGGUCCUUAAAGGGUAUAAGAUAUGUAAAAGGCCUUUGACUUGUAACACCCAACACUGUUCAAGGGGGAGGGGGGUCAACUUGAAUUACAUUUUCCUCAACUAAAACACAGUGUCCCAAACGUUUUGACAAGGGUUGUCCGCGCUACAAGGCUAUUUUCUUAUUUAAAAGAAAAGUUAAUAUAGAGAUAUUUUCUUGAAUAACACAUGGCACAAGAGCAAAACAGAGCAGAAACAUUCAACACAACUCAAACCUUAGAGAUAUAUGUUCGUGUGUAGUAAAAAAACUGCUACAACUAAGUAAUGUGGUUGGGUUUAACCACAAUGACGAUUACAACAAAAACGUCGCAGUUAGGGAAAACGACAUUGUCUAUAUUCCAGGACCCUUUACCUAG